UAUUACAGUCAUGAAAUAAGAAAAGAUUAUAUUAAAAAACUAAAAGUUUCAUAAAAUAGGAAAGAAAAAUUAAAAAAAUAUAAGAACAGUCUAGAAGAUCCAUCAUAGCAACUAACAGAGAUUUCAGAAAAUAAAAGCAGAGAAAAUGUUGGGGAGGGAAUUAAGAAAUAGUUUGAGAAAUUUCUCACAAUUGAAAUGGCCUGUGUUUGCAGAUAGAGAAGGCACACUGACUGAGUAACAGAAAAUUACACCAGCACAUCAUCAGGACACUAAAGGACACACAGAAGAUCCAAAACACAUGAUUUUGGGGGGCCAUUGGGGUGGGGUGGCUUGAAGCAGGACCUCGGUCCUCGUCUUCUUUGAAGAAACAAUUCAACAGAGAGACCGAUUGUAAAGCAGAUAGAGUGUUUAUUAGAAAGCGAAGUACUGUGCGAGGUUAAUGCGCAGGCUCAGAGUGGGAUGCGCCCCAAAGGGGGAGCUUCAGUCACUUACAAGGCGGCAGUUUUCCGGGUUCCCUGGCCAGUUGCCAUACUUGUGUCCAUAUUUGGUGUGACUCAGGGCCCUCCCCACGUGGAUGUGCAUCUUUCAGACAAGAUGGAUUUCAUGCGAGGGUUUCUGGGAGGUUGACAGGACAUAUUAUGUGCUGGCGCCCCUUCCCUUCUUUGACCCCUGAGGAGACUUCCAUGCAUGUGUGUGGUCUGGUAGGCCACCUUGACCACAAGAAUGAGAAAGAUGUGUCUGCCUUAUCUCUUGCUCAGGCAGGGGCCAGCUCCUCUCUGUUCCUGCCUUUAUCCUUGUCUCAGAGUGUCAGCGGAAGACAAGUUCUAGCUGCUCAGCCUGGGGCCCAGCUAUUUCCUGCCUCUCCUACAGACAGAGACAGAAGAAAAUGACACAGAAAAGGAAUGGGAACCUAUUCUGUGUGACCCUGUAACAGUGGAUAUUACACAUUUGCUAAAAUCCAUAGAAUGGUCAACAUCAAGAGUGAAGGGUAAUGUAUUAAGUAUGGACUUUGGGUGACAAUGAUGAGUCAGGGUAGGUUCACUGAUUGUGUACAAAUGCCCCACUCUGGUGGGAUGUUGACAGCAGGGGGGGCUGUGAUGUGUGAGGGGGAAGAUGGUGUGAGAUAGGAACUCAGAGCUCAGUUUUGCUGUGAUCCUAAAACUGCUCUAAAAAAGUCUGUAUUUAUUAUUAUUUUUUUAAUAAAUUUAUUUAUUUUAUUUAUUUAUUUUUGGCUGCGUUGGGUCCUUAUUGCUGUGCAUGGGCUUUCUCUAGCUGCGGCCAGCGGGGCUACUCUUCAUUGCAGUGCACAGGCUUCUCAUUGUGGUGGCUUCUCCUGUUGCGGAGCACGGGCUCUAGGUGCGUGGGCCUCAGUAGCUGUGGCUUGCGGGCUCCAGAGCACAGGCUCAGUGGUUGUGGCGCACGGGCUUAGUUGCUCCGCGGCAUGUGGGAUCUUCCUGGACCAGGGCUCGAACCCACGUCCCUUGCAUUGGCAGGUGGAUUCUCAACCACUGCGCCACCAUGGAAGUCCUAAAAAAUAAAGUCUUAAAAAAAAAAGGAAUAGGAAUCAGAAUGGCAUCUCGGUUCUCUAGCAAUGUUAGAGGCCAGAAGACAGUGGAGAAUUGCUGUAAAGAUUCUGAAGGAAAAUUACUUAAGACGAGGAUAAUGUAACCCAGCCAAAUUAUGGACAGAUGGAGAAUUUAAAACAUUUUCAGACAUCCAAGUGUCAACAUCAAGGCACUUCUCAGCCAAGAACAGGAGAAUGUAUCCUACCCAAAGCAGUCAAUUGAUGACAGACUCCAUUCAGAGGACACGCAAGCAAAGCACCGUAGUCUCUGCAGGGAGCAUUGAGGCUGAGCCCCCAGCCCCCAUGUCAAGCGCUUUUGAAUGUUUACAUUCCUAGGUCUCUGUCGGAGGCCUUGGGGAGAGCUCUUCUCCAGGAGCUCAGGAACCCCUGCGGAGGCAUCCUCAUGGGGUGGGGAGAAGGGGGAACCGGGAAGACACCUCCCCACUCUGGCUCAGUAUCUGGUACUUUUCCACUCCGAGACCUUCCUCUUUCCCUCCUCCUCUGCCCCUCACCCAUCCCAGGAUCGUAAAACUGCCAGAGCCUUUUGUUUUCCCUCGAUUGUGAGACACCUCUGUGCUGAUCUACCCAACCUUGUUCCGUGAGGGAAGAUGGAACAGGGGGCAACACUUCCUCAGGUUUAGCCUCUUAGCUUGUUGCUUUAAUCAGCUACCCUGACUCUUGGCAGCCCCAUUCUCUCUCCCAGCUCAGCUGAGCCCGACAGCCUCCUUUCCGCGACAUCCCUAACUGCAAAAGCCAUUUCAUGUAAUUUUGCAUGAGUGAUCUAGACAAGCUCUUGGGUUUUUUGUUUUUUGUUUUUUUUGCGGUAUGCGGGCCUCUCACUGCUGUGGCCUCUCCCAUUGCGGAGCACAGGCUCCGGACGCGCAGGCUCAGCGGCCAUGGCUCACGGGCCCAGCCGCUCCGCGGCACGUGGGAUCUUCCCGGACCGGGGCACGAACCCGCAUCCCCUGCAUCGGCAGGCGGACUUUCAACCACUGCGCCACCAGGGAAGCCCCAAACAAACCAUUUUAACCAAAGUUAUGAUCCUAUCUAAGCCUCCAAACGAUAAAUUAUUAACAUAAAAGGAUGUUAUAAAAUAUCAACAUUUAGCCCCCAAUUUUGAAAAGGAAGAACGGGAAAAGCUGGUUGUACCCUCUGCUCAGGUAAUCUCUGGCCCUCUCAACAUGGCACCUGGUGGCUCCAGAUGAUUUCAAAUGGCUAUUUGCUAAAUUUCUCCAUGAAACUACCCAACAUGGAAAAGACAAAUUGGUUAUUAUCGUAAAUCAACAUUGAUGGAGAAACUUUAGAAAGAAAACUAAGGCUGUUUUCAGAUUACGUGCCACCUGUCAACACCAUAAGACUGAAAAAAACAUAAAGGUGGGACAUUGCCAGGAAGCAAAGCCUCAAGGGCCCUAUGAAGACCUUCAGAUGGGCUAUCCAGCUUUCACCCUUCAUGGGACUUGAGUAUGUUAUUAUAUGUCUAUUUCCAGAAUGAGUUGAAGCAUUUUCUUGCUGAAAAGCUAUACACCCUUUGUAGUCACUAGAAAGCUGCUUGAUUUUGUGUUUCCAACCUGGGGCAUCCCAACCUUUAUAUCAAGUGAUUGAGGCACACACUUUACAGAAACCUUUAUAAAAUAACUUUGUAAGGUGUCAUCUCUUAUUCAAAAACUACAGUUUCUGGAAAGGUCAAAAGGAGGAAUUAACAUCCUUAAAUUAAAAUUAGCACAACCUUCACAAACUCUUCGAGUUCACUUGGCCAGAGGUACUCCCACUAGCCCUUAUGGCCAUGCUGUCCUCUCCCUCAGGCACGUACCGCUUAUCCUCCAAUGAGCUGGUACCUGGGAGGCACGUAUUUAGAGACUGCAUUUCUGACACUAGACUCUGCCGACUGCACGCAGACAGGGCAAAACGUGGCAAGGGACUCACGUACUGUGCCCAGUCCUAUCACAAGAGGUCAAUCAAGACCACCCUCCCACGGAGCCUUCCUAAACAGCCUCUUCAUGAUCCUCGGCCAGGAGAUUCCAGUAACAGGAAGAGAUCUCGGAGGAAAACUGCUCUUGAAUCUCGCUGGAAGGGGCUUUAUCAGGUACUGUUAACACCAGGGAAACAGUGAAACCCCAGGCAGUCAAUAUUCGGGUUCAUGCCUCUCAACUAAAAAGGCAAUUCACAAUUGCACACAAUUGGAAAACUACUCCAAUAUGGGACCUCAAACUCAGUACUCUCGGAGAUCUUCCAGAAGCCAAUCUCGGGAAGCAGACAGCUAGCCCAGACCUCUGGAACAAAUAGAGGGCCACAGAUAGAUCUUGGUCUGCUGUCGGACUAAGAGACCUAUCUAAUUGCUGUUUUCUGUUUUGUCUGUUUGUUUAUAAUCAUUCUUCUCAUUUUCUAAAGACCCCUUGCUGUCAUCCACCCGUAAUGGACGCUUUUCUCUUUUCCCUCCUUAUUGUAACUGUUAGGUCAGAACACACUCAUUCUAAUGCUAUCCUCAGAUUAUCCUGAACAGUAACCGCUGCCCUCAGUCUUACUGACUGCUGGAUAUGCUGUCCAUCACCGACCCCCAUGAUAAAGACAUCAGAAUUACAACUGACGGUGUUUCCAUUUGCGCCUAUGUGGACAACUGACCUUAAAUCAAUCUGUGACUCUGCUAGUGUCCCUCUCUCCCAGAAGAAGAACCAAUUAUUACAAGCUACUGAUUGACCCAAGGUAAUUCUAAAUUUAGAUUCAACGAUCUUCACAGCACGAUGGGCCAAAUAUCACUUGGAAGAGACUGAGAGAGAUCCAGAUAUGUCACCCAGCUAAUGUAAGGCCCUGGCUCCAACUUCACGUCGUGAACUCCAUUUUUUCCUGGAUUUCCACAUCCCUACUGGAUACUGCUUCCUUUGUGGCCAUAUUGCCUGGUCCUGUUUGCCUCAGACUAACAUUUCAUGCACUUCAGGAAUAGUAUUAUGAGACUUGUCUGUAUACAGAGACCCUAAUUCUAUAAAUCAUCAAGGCUGGAAAUCCUGGCCCAGACAUGGGUGCCAAAAUGAGGCCAUUCUUGAUUAUUCAGGCACACAACCUAGGGGAAUUACUGACUGAUUAUUUAUGAGAACAGUCAAAGCAGUGUCCCCAUCGGUAGGAACCAUACAAAUAGAAAAGAUGGGAAGAAACCUAUCACAAACUUUGGUAGAAGUUAUUAAUGAUACCAGAUGGAACAGAGAUCAGUCUCAACACAUUGGCAUGAGUAACAAUGGACAAUUGCAUUGCUGUAGAUUCCUUAUUGGCUAGCCAUGGUGCUGUCUGUGUCAUUGCUUAUACUUCUUCUUGUACUUGGAUCAAUGAAACAGGCAAAGUGGAACAAGCUAUGUAUCACCUUAAGGAAAAGGCACAUGACUCUCAUGUUCUAUUGGAUUUGUUCUCUUGGCCUAGGUGGAGCAGUUAGGAUAACUGGUUCCAAAGCAUUUUACAGGGAUUAUAAAUUCUUGUUUUUGUCAUAGUUAAAGAGAAACCAAAAUGGAAGCCACAGUUUGAAUACAGACCUAGACCAAACACUUAAGAGUCAUCUAAUCAAAACUUAAAGCUGUCCUGAUUUCCCUGAAAUGAUGACUCUGACCUUAAACAAAACUUAAGCUUUCUUCAUGUCAGCAUAACCUAGCAAAUCAGCUACAGUAAAAAAGUAAGCUUAUGUAAUACUACCACUCUAAAAGGAAUGUAAGUUUCUGGCAGCCAAUUAGAAUCACAAUACAAAACAAUGUACCUCCUCAUGCUUUAUAAGCUGAGCUGUAAGUGCUCAGAGUGGAGCUUUAAGCCACUUUUGGUUUGGAAGUCUCCCUGUUUGUGAACGGUUUGUUUCUCACUUAAUAAAAUAUUCAUCUCAAGUAAAGCUCUCUGAAUUUUCUUUUGACACAUUCUAUCCAGAGUCUUAAAUGCUUCUACAUUCGUUCUCUCAUCAGUUAUCUCCAUGAUGAUACAACAAAAAGGGCAAGAAGAUCUUGCAAUGCAGUUGGCCAUGCAGACAGCUGAGCCAUCUCCAAGCAGUGAAGACCUGUAUCUCUGGCCUUCCCUGAAUUCGUCAACUUCCAGCAAAUGAGAGAACUGUCAAAAACAGGGGCCAAGAAACUGAAUAUACAGACAAUGGCCAGACUAAACAUAAAAAUAGAACUCUGAGCCACCAUCUUCAGCAUGCAGUCCGGGAAGCCAAACAACCCCUAUGGCAGCAACACAAGAUGUCCAGGACUUGAUUAAUAACUGACAGCUUCGCUAAUUUUUGCCCUUGAUGUCAACUGAGGACCAACUGGGAAAGCCAGAUACGCACCCCCUAACCAAUCACAUACGAUGCCCCGCUUCUAGUAAGCCCACCUACAGUUUCCCCAGGCCCACACCUACCCCCUUCAGGCACACCUUUUUUCCACUUUAUAGAAAGUUUUCCCGCUCCUCUGCCUGCUUCUGACACUCCGCCAAACACAAGUGAUGGUGGCUGACUCCCUUUUACUAUAGCAAGCUCUGAAUAAAGAGCCUUCGCUUGUCCCCACUUGGGUGAUCUUUAUUUCCACACAAGAUAAUCCAUGAGUUGAUACUUUUUGAAGUUGUAUAUAGGAUAAGUAUAUUGGUCAUUCAUUUAUACUAUCUUCUCUACCUUUGUAUGUUUGAAAUUUUCCACAAUAAAAAAAUUUAAAAUAUUUCAAAAAUGUCAAUGUCAUUAAACAAUAAUAACAGCAACAGAGAAUGACUCUAUAUUAGCUAUACAUUAUUGGAAAAAUUGGGGAAAAUGAAAUUGUAUCAUAUAUUAGACAACCGUAUUAGACCAACGUUAAAUUUCCUGAGUGAAUAAUUUCGUAUGGUUAUAGAGGAGAAUGUCCUUGUUUUUAGGAGAUAAUGUUGAAAUACUUGAGAUAAAGUGUCAUGAUGCCUGCAACUUACAAACAGUUCAUGAAAAAGGAUGUGUAGGUAGAGAAAACAAAUGAAGCAAAACAUUAACAACUGGUGAAACUAAACGAAAGGUACUGAGUGUAAAUUUAAUGUUCUUAUAAUUUUUCCAUUGGUUUAGAGUUUUUCAAAAUAAAAAAGUUGGUGCAAAAAGAGCACAAUAAAAUACCUGUAAUAUUACAAAAAAAAUAAAAGCAAAAACUCCCAGAUCCUUAUCUAUACAUUUUUUUAAUGGAAGGAUAACUGAAAAAAACUAAUAAUAGUUAACUAUAUCAGGGAGGAGCAGACAGGAUGGAUGAGAGGGGAUUGAAAACUAGAUUCUUCAGAAUGUACACUGUCCAUAAUGUUUUAAAAAGGUACUUUGUAAAUUACUGUUAUAUUCCAAAUAGCCUGUCAGUGAUGAUUUUCAUUUCUUGCUUUACUUGAGUAUUAUUUAGUAGUGUGGUAUAAUAUCUCCUUAUUUAUUAGUUUACCCAUCCAUCCAUCCACCCAGGGGAACUGGUAUACAGUUACUGUUUGUAAAUGCACCUAAACAUUACAAGAUUGUCCUCUAUUGUUCAGAAUACAGCUUUUAUUGUAUUCUUUUUCUGCAUAAUUGCUCCUCGUCUGACAGUGAUUUAAUAUCUCCUUAUUAAUUUAUUUUCCUCAUUUUGACCACUUUUCUCUAACUAUCUGGGACGUACUCUUUGAUGUUAUUCUUUGGUACAAAACAACUGGGUUCAUUAUACUUUGUAACAUUUUUCAUUGUAUAGAGAUGUCGUCUUAGGAACUGAAGAUUACAAGAAGUGAAGUGAUGAAGAACAAAGAUUCUCAAUGAGAAAUUACAAAACCAGUUCACUCAUAUACUAUUGACUGAACCCAAAUACCCUCAGACUGGUUCUUCGAGGGCUAAGCAGAUAAAAUGAAAGCAAGCGAUCCCCUGGAAGUCUUCUUGCUAGUAUUUUAAAAUUUUUUAUGGGGUGCAGAAAUAACUUGCAUUCGGUCACACACUUGAGAUAAAGUGUCAUGAUGCCUGCAACUUACAAACAGUUCAUGAAAAAGGAUGUGUAGGUAGAGAAAAUAAACGAAGCAAAACGUUAACAACUGGUGAAACUAAACGAAAGGUACUAGAAAAUGCUGGAGCCAGUAUUCAGAUCAUGACUCUGUCCCACCAAUCAGAGUCAAAGCAGGAAGCCUUGGAGGUACAGAGUGACAAAACUGAUUCAUCUUGUCAGAUUCUGCUAAAGCCUAAAAACCUUACAAUUCUGUUUUGAAGCUGGCAUGGGUCAGCUAAUACAACUCAAGGCUUGCCAAGUGUAGGAAACUUAACAUGGGGGUCUCUGCAUAAGACCCCAAAUGACUACACUUCCAAAACAAAACUGAAUCGGAAAUAAACUUUGCCAUCCAGAUGAGAAUGCCAAAGGAAAUUUUCUUGACCUUCCCUUUCUCACAUAUGUCUUGAUCUAAUGAUGAACUACCACAAACCAGCCUUGUGGCCAACUCAUGCUACAUGCAGGAGUCUGAAAUUUUUCAAGGAUGUAAUUUGAAGAGGCCUCAAGUUGGAUGCAUCCCGAAGAGAAUGGCUCAAGGAAAAAAUUAUCAGUUUAUAAAAGGAUGAAAUCAUAUCCCUACAUUAUGCCCGAUUUAAAAAAUUAACCCCAGGUGGUUCAAGAAUUCAAACGUUAUGAUGGAAACUUCAAAAGUAUAGUGAAUGUCUUUAGACCUCAGGGCGGGAAAGGAUUUCUUAAGCAAGACACAGAAUGUACUUACCCUAAAGACUGAUAAAUCUGACUAUACUAAAAUUAAGAAUUGUAUUCAUCAAAAGAAACCUUAAAGAAGGCGAAAAGACAAUUUAAACUAAAAAGAUAUUCACAGUAUACACCAUUGAAAAAGAAUUAGUAAGAGAUUAAGGGAGAAUAUAUGAGAGAACUUUCAUACACUACCUUAUAUCCUCAAAACUUUUUUUUUACAAUAUGUAUGUAUUAUUAUGUUGACUUUUUAAAUUAAAUUGAAUAAAAAUAUCCACAAGUUAGAUUCAAUAUCUCCUCUCAGACAACUGCUGAGGCCUAGAUGAUGCAGAUGAGGGAAUUCAGUACAUUAGUACCAUCCCCCUUAUGUAAAUAAUCGACACUUUACGUGAAAAAUAUUUAAAAAACAAACACUUCGUAACUAAUUGUAAGAACAAAGUCGUUUGUACAGCAGACGCUGUCUAUUGUAAAACAACUACCAAACUUGUAGAAAUGCACUAGGAGAAGUAUAAGAACACGCACGGGUGACACACCGAUUUCAGGACAUGAUUUCCUGCGGCGAGGGAAGGAAAGGUCUCCACCGACAUCUGUUUGAAAGGUGAGAGAGCGGGGCAAAUGUGGGAAAUAUUAACAUCUUGUUAAAUGGGGGGUAGGGGGGUACAUGAGUGUUUGUUAUACAACUUUUUUAAAUGUGUGAAAUCUUUCACAAUUUAAACUUUUAACUAAAAUUAAGAACAUUGGGAAGAAAUGUGCAUCAACACUCGUCGUCUCUUAAUUUUGGAAAUAAACGAGAUUUGUCUCCACUUGCUACGUUUCUAGAAUGCCCACGUCUGACGUCUGUAUUAUAAACACGACGCACUUGUUUGAAUGAUUCUGAAGCGGUAACGAACCAGAGGCAGGAGAUGAAAGAGAAGAUGCACAUUCCACGAGCCCGCCCUCGGCCUUACCCUCCUCGGGCGCAACCUUUGAACCUGGACCGGGCCUGGCUGGGACCCCGCUCCAGCCAACCACACCGUCCAUCAACCCCGGCGCCUCGGGGCCGGGCGUUACCUGACCGGGCGGCGUCUCCGAGAGCCGCCGGGGUUCCGGGCGGAGGAGAAAGCGGGGCAACGCCACGCGUGGCGGUACGAAGAGCCCCCGGAGCCCUCGCCCACAGGGCGGCCCGGGAGCAGGGCGCAGGCGCACCGGAGGGGGCGGAGCCGGCCGCAAGCCGUAAAGGGCCCAACUUCGCGCCUCCACAAAUCCCGCGAGAGUUGCUUGCCCCUUACCCGCUGGCUGCCGGUUCGAGCAUGGUCGACGACGCGGGCGCCGCCGAGGGCCGGGGGGACGGGCUGCUGGGGUUCCUAUUUACGCCGCCACGGAUUCGCUCCCGGCCGUGGUGGUUUCCUGUGCAGGAGCUGAGGAACCCGCUGGUGUUUUCUUUGGAGGCGUGGCUGGCCGACUCGAUCUUCGGCCCGGACCGAGCCGUGGUUCCGGAAAUGGAGUGGAUGAGCCAGGCCCUGCUGACGGUGGACGCAGUUCACGCCGGGAAGUUGGUGGAAAUCACCGUCUUCGGGCGGCCAGCUGUCCAGCGCCGGGUGAAGAGCGUGCUCGUGAGCCUGGCGUCGAGUCACCGGGAGAAGCGUGCCCGAGCUGAGAAGAUGGAACAACUCGAGGAGUUCUUGAAGGCCCAGGCACCAGGUCCCCAGGUCCCCCAGAGUCCUGUUGCAUAAGUGUUCUCCGGGGCAUGAGAACAGUCCCUUCUGCUACUAAAGUUCAGGAGAAGCAAAUAUCCUUAAAUCUGUGCAUUUAUUUUUUUCCUGUAUCUUGAUGGACAGUGGUUUGAUUCUUUUGCUGCAAACGUGAGUUUGUAGUGCCAUUCUAGUAAAUAAAUGAAUUUCCUUUUUUCCAAUGGCAUAAAGAUCUUGGCUCACUCAAAAUUAAGCAAAUUUAUAAAAGAUUGACUCUGUUCAUUCAUAUCUUGAUGUGAGAGGCUGAUAGGUGGAGGGUUUAUUUUUGUUUUUUUCUUAGUUUCUAUCAUUUUGAAACUACUAACCCUUUUAUGA